UGUUUGAAUCCAACCAUCGUAGCCAACCAGCGGCAAUACCGACGCGCUCGUAGGAUGAGCCAUAGCUUUGUCGAAUCAGGAGCCACACACAAUUACCAGUUGAGAGAAUGCAAGGCACAACAUCAGCUUCGUCAGCGAUCCGCUGCAGUCAGCAAAGACGCAACCAUCAUAGGCAUAUGCUGCGGGGUAUUGGUAUAACUGUAGACUUGGGGUUGUUCAAGCAGGUCCCCUAGACAUGGAGACGGUAUAUAAGAAUCCCAAUCCCUCUUUUCUUCACAUAGUCCAUUCUUUCCAGACCAACCUAGAAUUCUCCACCAUCUCAUUUACAUAACACCUUCACUCUCAUACGUGUCCUCGGCUUCCGACUAAUCUCUUCAAUUGAUAUUGUUCAAGAUUGCUUGAACACCUAGCUACCAUGUCCGCCAACCGCACCAUUGUUGUGUUUGGCUCCGGCCCUGGCAUUGGCAGUCAUGUCGCCGCCCAGUUCGCGUCCCAAGGUUUUACUCACAUAAUUCUCCUUGCCCGUAAUGAGAAACGCUUGCAAGAGGACAAGGGUGCCGUCGUCAAAGCCAAUCCGGACGCGAAAGUUGACAUUCUCACCGUGGAUCUUGAGGAUAUAAAGUCAAUUCCUGCAGUGCUGAAACAGAUCGACAAUUUGACGACCGCAGUCGAUGUCGUCUUCUUCAACGCUGCGAUCAUCAGAUUUGCUGAACCUCUCAAGGCGCCUGUCGAAGAACUCGAACAGGAUUUCAAAAUCACCAAUCUUGCACUCUACGUGGUCGCCCAAUGGGCCGUCCCAAAGCUGCAACAGCACGCCAAAGACUCCCCCUCGGCAAAGCCCGCCCUUAUCGUCACCAACAGUCAUUUACCUUGGGACCCAAUCCCACAACUCCUCUCACUUUCGUUGACGAAGGCGUCCCAGGCAAACAUGGUUAAGAGCUUUCAUGUCGCUUUUAGCGGUUCCGGAGUCCAUUUUGGCCUUAUCCGUGUGGAAGGCAUAGUGGAUCCGCAAAACAAGGUGCUAAAUCCUCGCACUAUUGCCGAGAAGACCUGGGAGUUCUAUCAGGGCGGCGAGGGACUCGACCUUCACCUAAAAGAGGAGUAGGGUGUUUAUUGUUUUUUGUUUGAAAAAAGCGGACCGUCAUCUCGAUGUUCCUAUGGUAUUAGGAAGGAGUAAAUGUUCAAUAGCAUUAUUGACCAUGCAUCCUCUCUAUGGAUAUUCCAGUGUUCGAACUUCCCUUGUACUACGGCUGUACGUCCUCAGUGUUAUCACGGGUUUUAUUGUUUCUUCCACCCAUGAUUAUUGAGCAGGACGUACUCCAGAUGGGCCAGUUUACCGGAACACGCAUGGCGAAAACGAUUCGUCUUUAUCAUUGUCCAGCUUCCAAUGUUACAGUGUAUAGUGACAAGUGGAAUAACAGAGGAUGUGUGUUGUUUGCAAGCAUGUUCAUUCUUCCUCACCCUCCCUUUUUCCAAUUCU